AAACGUCAAAGCUCAUUUUAUUUUGAAAGUUAAACCGGAAACACAGUUAGCUUACUUGCGAGCUAACACUUGACCUGCGGCGAAGAUAACAGAACAUCAUGGCCGACCUGGACAUCAAAGCAGGAGACCAGGUUCUGCUGGUCUGGACUCAGCCCUCGGCUCCUGAAGCCCUGAAAGACUUGGCAGAGGAACUGGGAUCCGCUGUGGGUGCAAAUGGAAAAGUGUCAGUGGAAAACAUGGACAGGCUGCUGCUGUCGUCCCAUGCAGCGUCCACCUUCGACCGGGUUCUGUCCUGCCUCCUCGCCGACAGCUCGUCCAUCCACAGCUCAGAGACUCUUGCGGAAAUUGCCCGAGUCCUCAAACCUGGAGGGACGCUGGUCCUGGAUGAGCCGUGACAGUGUGUUUGACUUUGUCUGUUGGUUGCAGGAGCUGAAGCCCAGAGUGUGAGGACAGCAGAGAAGCUAAUUUCAGCUCUGAAACUGUCGGGUUACACGUCUGUAAAAGAGGUCAGGAAGACAGAGCUCAGUCCGGAGGCUUUGACGUCUCUGAGGGCGGCCACCGGUUACCAUGGAAACACCCUGUCUCGGAUCCGCGUGUCCGCCUCCAAACCCAACUUCGAGGUUGGUUCGUCCAGUCAGAUUAAACUGUCAUUUGGAAAGAAGACGCCAAAGCCAGCAGAAAAACCUGCUCUGGAUCCAAACACUGUCAAAAUGUGGACUCUGUCGGCCACAGACAUGAACGACGACGACGUGGAUCUGUUGGACUCUGAUGCUCUGUUGGAUGAAGACGACCUGAAGAAACCAGACCCAUCGUCUCUGAAAGCACCAGGAUGUGGAGACGGAGCCGGAAAGAAGAAGAAAGCCUGUAAAAACUGUACCUGUGGUCUGGCUGAGGAGUUGGAGCAGGACAGUAAAGGCAAACAGAAAGAGCUGCCCAAGUCGGCCUGUGGAAGUUGUUACCUUGGCGAUGCCUUCCGAUGCGCCAGCUGUCCGUAUUUGGGGAUGCCGGCGUUCAAACCAGGUGAAAAGAUCAAACUGGACGACAAGACGCUAACGGACGCUUGAAAACACACGUCACAUUGACCGUCACAUUCCCUCUGAUUCCAUCGACGCCGUAAAAACACGUCCCUGCACAUGUUCAAUGGGAUUUUUUUUCUUAUGCACACGACGGCGGCAGCUUUGACCAUAAGAAUGAGAUUUUGUGGUUGCUGUUCAACUCCCCCUGUUGGUGAUUAUGUGAACUGCAGGGUUCAGUAAAGCACUGACAUGUUGUAUUUUUGAAGUAAUAUUUACUCUGAUCAGUGUAAACGCGACCACGGAGGUUACUUAAGUCCAGACUACGUCAUAUUUAUGUAGAAAGGCAAACAGUUUGGGAAAAAAAUGUUCUGUUGUGUUUUGCUUCAACACAAUAAAUUAAUAAAAUGGA